UGCUGCCGCAGCGCCCUGCGGCGGCCCCGCGGUGACAGAGGGGCCAGAGCCGGCCAGGGAGCUGCACUGGGCCUUGGCGCGUGUCGGGUGUGUGUCACAGAGCUCGUGUUUUCUUGUUAGCCAGCAGAUCCCCCCCUACACUCCGUACAGCCAUGGAGGAGAGGGGUUGGCAUCUGAAGGAGGAAAAACUCAAGACUGUCCAUAGAUUUUGAUUGCUGUGAAAAUCUAUGUGAAUUAAAGGCAGCUAUAUGGAGGCAAUCUCUGCCUUUCACACACACACCUGUGUAUGGCUUUUACAACAUUAACCUUUAUGAUAGUAAAUCUUACACCACUGUCACAGCAUUUAUGUCCUGAGAUCUUCUGGAAGCCUGGGGCUUGGCAGAAAACAUUCCCAGUAUAGUGAGACAUUUGCCGGAACUUAUCACUGCAGAUUGUGUUGUUCUCAAAUCUGAAUUUUCUUUGUCAGAACUGUCCACAGAAGUGCUCUGAAUCAUAUUUGUUUCUACACACCUCUGGGAAGCUGGGCAAAACCCACUCCCUCAGCCAGGCAUGUUGGACAAACUUGUUUCUUCCUGCUGGAUUUUACAACCACAAACAAGGCUUGAAAACAAAACAAAACAAAUCAAAAAACUCACCAGCAACACCAGCAGCCCUGCUCUGAACAUGUGGGAUGCUUCCCUGGAUCCCUGUUCAUUUCCUGGAGUGAAACUCAGACACACCAGUUCACUGCUGUCCUGAAGUGUGUGGAAACUUUUUUUUCCCUCUCCCUCCUUUUCUUUUCCCUCCUUCCUUGUGUUGAUUUGUGGGACCAGAAUGACUUUGAUUUCAGCAAGUUUGCUGUUUAUUCACGUCACAAGUUUGACAGCUUUACACCAAAUCAGAUUGCUGGGUUUCAGGAGAGCUCUGAGGCGUCACUGGGAGCUCCUUUAGAUUAAACUCGCCUCCCCGGUCUCCCCCCUCUCCCCCUCCUUCAGAGCCUUUUAAACCUCUCUGGGGCUUUAACAGAAACGUGCUCCCAAGACCUGCAUUUCAUUCUGCCACUAAUAUGAGCACCGGCCGGCCGUGCCCGGAGCCGGACUUCGCCGGGGGCCCGGGCUGCGCCUGCCCCUGGUCCGCCCCCGCCGGUGUUUCCAAGGAGACCUGGGCCGCCGUCUGCGCCGCGGAGCCGCCGCACAGCCAGGGCCGGCGGGAGGCUCGGCUGAGCCCGGGCCAGUUCUGCAGCCCGCAGCUCGGUGCCCAGGACGCGGCGUGGCAGGGAGACCAGCUGUCCUCCCAGCUCUACAGAAACAAGCAGCUUCAAGAUACUUUGCUUCAGAAGGAAGAGGAACUUGCUAGGUUACAUGAAGAAAAUAAUAACCUCCGACAGUACCUGAAUUCUGCCCUGAUUAAGUGUUUAGAAGAAAAAGCCAAGAAACUGCUAUCCUGCCAUGGACAGAAAACCUGUGCUAUUCUCAAAAGUGCCAAGAGGAGAUUAAAAGAGGACCAUUGCUUUGUUCCUCAAGAAACUCCUCAUGCUUCCAAAGCUAGAAGGAACCUCUUGGAUGAAUUCACUGCCUGUGAAGAGCAGGCCAGCCCUGCCGUGGACCGCUGGGUCUUGCAGACCUUAGGAUUAAAAGAUGUCAACACCAUUGAUGAAGCUUCAGCUAACUACAGUGCCCUGUCCUCAGACCUUGGAAAAGACACGUACUGCCUGAGCCCUGGUGAAGCAAUAGGCUAUGAGCACAGUGAAGGAGCAGCAGCAGCGUUUAGCUGCAGCCACGUGCCUCCAGCUGACAGCAGUGCCCAUCCAUGCAGUGAGGACUCUCCCUUCCUUCCUCAGUUUCCUUCAGCACCAUGCAUCUCCUCAGCAGUACCUAGUGUUUCCUCCCUCCCAGCGUAUGGGUUGCCUUAUUUGCCUGGUGAUCUGUCACCCAACAAGACUGAAGUGGCCUUCACAACUUCUCUAAGUCCCCACCGCAAUGUGAGAACACACACCUUCCACCAAGGACAAGCCUUUGUGCGCAGGGAUGACGACGGAGGAUGGAGAUUCACCUGGGUGCCCAAGCAGGCUGAAUAAUGCACCUGGAUCAAGGGUCAGCCAUAGGGGGGGUAGGAGACACAUUUCACCUUGUGCAUGAGACAGGUUCAGGUCUAAAAAAUGAACCCUUCUGGGCUUUGUUAAAUGCUACUCUGUCACUUACCCGCUCCUUAUUCCCUCCCAGAUUUUCACAGGUGUGACUCCAGAUUGCACUUGGACAAUUAUCUGCCCCAGGCCAUAUGUACAAAUUGGAUUCCCUUGUCUUGUGUCUGUGUUGAGAUACCUGCUUUUACUUGCUUCCUGGUUUUUCUAUCAUCAGCUAGUCCUUGUUACUGGUAGUUUCCAGGCUGGAGUGCUUUCAGCUUUGAUGAUCACUCUCGCAUGCACCAAACUGGAAAGAAUUUUGGGUUACAGUUGGGAAAUAGCACCUCUCUCAUAGAUAUCCACGGAUAACAAAGGAGGCAUAGGUUGGAGACUGGGUAUCAGCAGUUUCUAAGUGAUUUGUGUCUGUCUUGACUGCGCAUAUUGCCUUGGAUUUAAGUACCCAUGGUUGCCUUAUGUGCUACAUAAGGCUGACCUGUCUGCAGAUCCAUGGUGCUGUCACAUUCUUUGAUGAUGCCUCAAAAUAAACAGGGUUUGCUUCUAUUGCCUGGAGGCUACUUAAUUACAAGUGAUUCAGCGAGUUCAGGGGAUCUUUCUAAGGUGUGAUUAAGAGACUAAUAUGUUUACUAAUAUGUUUUAAAGGUAUUUUGUCGGUUAGAUAAAGAGAGUUUACCUUUGGGGAGGCAGUAUCAGUGGUUGGAGUGAGUCUUUGGGAACCACAGCCUUCUUGCCUUUCCAUGUCUCUGCCAGGGAGGGGUGGGCUCAAGGUAAGACCAUCACUACCUUGAGAAUGCUUUAAAACUCUCUGAAGAGAAGGUGCUCUAGCACUGCACAGAACUUGACUUUUAGUAAUGAUACUAAUGAUAUGAAGUCAACAGAUAUGAAGGAAGCUCACCAGUACUGUUUUGUGUUACCUUUGUUUUCUGAUUUACAGUAAUUUGGUGCCUAAGUAUUCAAGAUAGAUUGAUUUGGUUAUUCAUGCUUUCAGAAUCGUGUCAGUGACAUUAAGGACUUAAGUAAAAAGUAACCAUAACUGAGAAUUUCCUUCCAGUGGCUUAUUUUCAUAUAGAAAAAUGGAUAUUCCUUUAUUUUUAUCUCCUAAAUAGCCUGUUGUGCCUUAGAAUAUGUGACAUACUCCAUCAGGAGCAGUGAUGAUUUUCCAAAAGACUUUUAAAUAAACAAACUCUUUAUUUCUGGGUAGUUACUUUAAAGUAACUGUGGCAGAUUUCCAGAAUAGGCAAUUAGAAAGCGCUGAUUGUAGACAUUAUUGCACUGGGUUAAAAAAACAACCAACCAAAAAAAAAAACCAAGCCAACCACAAACCCACACAACAACCACCACAAAAGAAAACCACAAAAAAAACCCAACAAAAAAACCUCAAACCCCAAAACAAAAAAUGCACAUGGAAUAAAUACAAAAUCUUUGUUCGAGAAGUUUGUUGUAGUCCAUAAAAUUAUGGCCAGCUGAUGAAGACUAGUCAGAUAAGACCACUGUUUCUGUAGCACUUUUCUCCUUUUCAGUGAAAGCAGAAGAAAAAUCCUGUCCUACAAACAACUCAUUUCUUUCUCAAGGCGUUUCAUUUCUAUUAAUCUCCUCUUGCUCCACUAUAUAAGAUAACAUUGAAAAAAAUGCUCCUGUCACUGGAGUUUUGAUGGGGUGUGUGUGGUACUGUAGAAAAUACGUGACCUUAACAUGAGUGUGUGAUGAGACACCCUGGUAUAUGUGAUGUGGGAGAUGCUGGGAAUAGACAGUGUGGCUGGAGGAUUACACUGAAUUGCAGCUGUAGGUGUCACAUCUUUUAAAACAGCUGUAAAACGUAGGUAGAGAAACAUCUGUCUGUGUUUUCUAACACUGUUGAAUGGUAUUACUUAACACAUUUCAAUGCUAUGGAGUCAGCAGUAGUAAUAAGUACAUUUGUCCUGUCAACAAAUAUUGAAUCAUUUUUUUUCUCUGAAGAGAGAGAAAAACUUUCCAUUUGUUUGACAUUUCCUUUCCACACUUUUAUAUCACUGCAUACGAGAACUUCUCCUGCAGACAGACAGAACAAAAGUGUCAGAUCUUUGGUACAAACUUGAAGUAGGGUUUCAGUAGGAACAAACGGAUGCUUCAGCCUUUGCCGGCCUUUUGUAAAGGGGUGAUUGUCCCCUUGUCUCAUAGCAAAUAGGUUAUGGAUGUAAAGGAAUGAUGUACGUGAAUGAAUCCUCUUCCUGUGGGUUCCUGAAUUUUACUCUGUAUGAAGGAGUGGAGUCCUGUAGGAGAUAUUUCUGUCUGAGCCUGUUUUUUGGGGGGUAGAGGAUCCAGUGAUGCUGCUCCUGUCAACUCCUGGAUGCUCCUGACUUACAUGUGCAAACUUAAAAUUCUAAUGUAGACAACUACUUGAGCAAAGGUCUAUGUUAAUAAUGCUGCUGAUCACUGGAGCAGAGGGAGCACACUGGAAAGGAAACAGAAGAAUCUCCAAAGCAUUUUAACAUAUAACUAAAGGUAAUUUGUUUUUCCCUGACAGCACCACCUGAACUAGUGUUUCCUGAGUUAUUGUGAAGAACAAUGAAAACAAGCUACUCUGUGUCUAAAACCAACCCACAACAGCCCAGUGACUGAACCCUUCCUUUAGAUAAAUACUGCUCCUAUUGGCAAAAGCAAGCCAUUACUCAACAUUACCUCCCUCUAGACUGCCUGGUUCUUCUGAAGAUCCCGCAUUCCUGCAGGUAUAAUAGAUGAGGAAAAUUAAUAAGAGGCUGAAGACAUCUCAUGGCAGAUUACUUUCAAAUGGUAGGAUAUGAGGACAGUUACUGACUGGGCUGGUGCUGGUUUGACAUGUUGGUUUGACCUCCUGUGUCCCCGUGAUUUCCUUGGGCCUGAAAGCAGUGAAGCUGCGUUAAUGCGGUGCUGCUUCCACUUAUGUGCUUUUACCUCUUGGUAGGGUUCAUGACCUUCAGUGCAGGCUGAGGCUGCAGCAGCAACACUGCUACCAACUUGAUAUAAGCAAGUCUGAAUCCCACUCCUCAACAUGUAGGCACACUCUGUAGAUGUUCCUUAGAUAGAACUUAUGAAAAUAAGCCAUAGAAAUGGAGGCUAACACACCAUCUUUUCCCUCAUGAGAUAAAAUUCUGCAAAAUGCUUGCUUGAUUUUGAUUAGUGUCCAGUUUGCGUUACAGUUCUUUGGCCUGCAAAUAUGUGGGAGGGAAGGUCUUGCCUGUACAAAGUUUAUAUGGGACUUUGAAAUGGGUGUUCAGUCUUGCCUUGUGCCUGGUCCUCCCUGUUUGUUCUUUUGUAUCCAUUCCCAAUGGGUGAAUCAGUCAAAGCCACCCUGCUGCUCAUGGAAUGUGGAAGUUAAAGCCCAGGGAAGUCCUGUGCCCCAGAGGCAGCUAGAAAUCAGUAGGGAUGAAAGCAAAAAGUGGAAACAAAAUCCAGUUCCUCACACAGCCAUCACAACUAGAUAGCCAGGAGAUAGCAGAAACAAGUUUCAGCUUGGUACUGUACUUCUAACUCCAAAAAAAAUCAGGCAGCUGGAAUAGAGAGGCAGGAGACAGAAGUUCUGGGUUCUGUUACUGCCUCUGGUAUUACACUUAGUUUCUGAGCUUUGGUUUCAUGGAAUCCACCAUCAGACCAGCUCAUAGCUAUUUAACAAAACAUGAUUCUUGCUGCUGCAAACUCCAUGAGAAGUUCCCUUUUGCCAAGGGUAAGUACCAGGCCCAUACAACUCUGGGAAUGGCCAUGGGGCCCUAGGAGAUUCUUUGAGCAGCAGUGAACUUCAUUGUCUGUAAAUAUCUGUCUUGCAUUAACAUAAUUUGUUUUAUUUUUUUAUUUGAAGUUUGUCUUCUUUAUUAUGUGAAUGUAACGUGCAGCAGCACACUUUAAAACAACCCGUGUUUCUAGAAAGGUAUACUAACAGAAAUGGAAAUUAAUUUAACAUUUAAUAUGUUGAUGUUCAUGAUUUUUGUGAUUGACAAAGUCCAUAAGUAUAUGUAAAUGUCAAUUUUACCAGUGUCACUAAGUUAUGUCUAAUAAAACUUAACAACUAA